GUCAAACCACGUCUACAGUUUCUCCACAUUCAUUUCGCCUGCUCCAAGAUACUUUUCGGCUCGAAACUAGGCAGGAACUAUGGCGCCGCCUGGUGCUGUCGUUGUUGAUUUCGGUCCGGACGAACCUCGGACUUCGGAUGAAUACGAGCAAGUAUCAUAUCCUCCUCCGUCUACGUCUCAGAAGGAUGAAGCAACACUGCCAUUAUUCUCCCUACAUGAAGACAAUGCUAGGAGACGAGGCCCUAAAACACAUACGAUCGCUUCUGUUGCAGAUGCAUAUGACGACGAAGGAAAAGACGGAUUUUACAAGGCACGGUCGUUUAAACCGUACCAAAGCAGUGGGAGACCUCGGCACGCGCCUCCACCUCCUCCGACUACGAUACGAGAGUUCCUGCUCCAAAACCUAGAGCACGUUAUUCCGAUGAUCUACACGCUACUUUCUUGUUGGACACGCUUCCACAAGAUUGGACGCGCAAACAACGUGAUCUGGGAUGAGGCCCACUUCGGAAAGUUCGGCUCGCAUUACCUGAAGCGCGAAUUCUAUUUCGACGUGCAUCCGCCACUGGGGAAGAUGAUAGUCGGUUUCGUCGGACUACUAUCCGGCUACGACGGCAACUUUGAAUUCAAGAGUGGCGCAGAAUACCCGGACAGCGUUCCCUUUGUUGCAAUGCGGGUCAUGUUAGCCACAUUCGGGGUUGCAAUGGUCCCACUUGGCUGGUAUACCGCAGUAGAGCUUGGGAUGAGCCAGUGGGCAUGCCAUCUUGUGGCAUUGAUGGUUCUACUUGAUGUCGGCUGGCUGUGUAUAUCUCGUUUCAUCCUCUUGGACUCUAUGUUGCUCUGCUUUAUCUUCUUGACCGUGUUCUGUAUGACCAAAUUCCAUAAUCAACAAUACCAGCCUUUCUCCUUUGAUUGGUGGGCAUGGUUGUCUUUCACGGGUGUCUCGAUUGGUCUUGUGACGAGCGUGAAGAUGGUCGGACUAUUCGUGACAGCGUUGGUCGGCCUUUACACCGUCGAGGAUCUAUGGGAAAAAUUUGGGGACGUCAAGAUGUCGCUUCGCGAUCAAAUCAGACAUUGGGUUGCCAGAGUCGUUUGCUUGAUCAUCCUACCGAUUAUUGUCUUCAUGGCGACCUUCAAACUCCACUUUAUGGUUCUAAACGGGACAGGUCCUGGAGAUGCCCAAAUGAGCUCUCUCUUCCAAGCCAACCUCGUCGGGAACAAUUUCGCUCAGAAUCCCUUGGAAGUAGCCAUUGGAUCUAAGGUUACGAUCAAAAACUACGGCUAUGGUGGAGGACUGCUGCAUUCACAUGUGCAGACUUUUCCGGUUGGCUCUAUGCAACAACAAGUCACGUUUGUACUUCCCUCUGACUUCGCUUCACUACAAAUCUUGACAUUUCUAGAUGCUAUCAUUACGAUGACACAAAUAAUCGAAAACUGGAAUAUUCUUCCGCCAUGGGCUGAGUCGCCGUACGAUGAGCAGGAGCCGAUCAGAUUUCUCAAGCAUGGCGACACCAUCCGUCUCUCGCACGACCCUACCGGACGCAAUCUGCAUUCGCAUCUCAUUCCUGCGCCCGUUACAAAACUGAGCCACGAAGUGUCCGCUUAUGGCAACUUGACUGUGGGGGACAUCUACGACUCGUGGACCGUGGAAGUCGUCGACGAUAUCUUGCUCGGCUCCCGGGCACACGUGGACCGGAUACAUUCUCUGACGACCCGCCUGCGGUUCCGGCACAACGUGCUUGGCUGUUAUCUUCGGGCUGCUAAUGCCAUUUUGCCGCAGUGGGGUUUCAAGCAGAUUGAGGUCAACUGUGUGCCAGAAAACAAUGCCAAGGACACGCACACUUACUGGAAUAUCGAGAGUCACUGGAACUCGCGUCUACCGGCAGGCGAGAAGCGGUAUUACCGUUCUCCGUUCCUUCGAGACUUCUGGCAUCUGAAUGUGGCGAUGAUGACCUCGAAUAAUGCCCUGAUUCCUGAUCCCGACAAGGAAGACAUCUUGUCUUCUCAGCCGUUCGACUGGCCAUUCCUGCAUCUCGGUUUGCGGAUGUGCGGAUGGGGUGACACCCAAACCAAGUACUAUCUGAUGGGGACGCCCAUCAUCUGGUGGGCGGGAACUGUGAGCCUAUUCGUGGCUCUGCUGACAUGCGGAGUGUACGUAUUGAGGAUACAGCGUAAAUUUGUCGACAUGGAAAACCACGAGUGGGAGCACUUUUUGUACGUGGCCAAGGUUGCGUUCUUCGGAUGGUGCUUCCACUUUGUCCCGUUCCUGAUCAUGGGCCGUGUUACUUAUUUGCAUCAUUAUCUUCCGACGCUGUACUUCUCAGUACUGAUGGUGGCCCAUCUACUUGAUCAUUUCGUAUUUUCGUCUCGCCGAUGGUCUAUGCGUGUCAAGAUCGGCGUGUUCGGCUUCUGUGCUGGUUCUGUUCUGCUCACCUUUUGGUGGUUCAAAGGUGUCGCCUUCGGCAUCGAUGGUCCAAUUCAAAAGCACAAGGGUUUGCUCUGGCGCGAGUCCUGGAAUAUAUAUACACAGUGACCUAUAUAUUACCGAUCCUGUUUGUUCGUAACUGUCAUUGUAUCAUAAAGGGUAUCGGGCAUGCAAAAGCCACAGAAAAGUAGUCCUGGCAAGCAGAGAUGAACGCCACACACCACCGGUCACAUGACAAUGCAGGGUCCUUUCUGUGUCUUUUUCUUCCCCGUCUUCUUAGGGGAUUCCUGAGGAUAACGGACCCUCAUUUGUCGCAAAAUAUCCUCAAACACGUCGUUGAUGUGCCAGUUGCGUUUCGCCGAGGUCUCGUAAAACGGCUGGUUCCACCGACUGGCUAGAGAUUCUAUUGUCGUCGUUGGCACUUCCCUUUCGCUCGUAAGAUCGCUCUUGGUCCCGCAAACGACCAUGGGGAUCUAAGCAGAACAAGUCAUCGUCGGCGUCUGCCGUCGUCCGCUAGAGCCGAUAUCACGUACAGAUUCCGUCCCCUUGAUCCGGAAGAUUUGCUUGCGCAGGCUUUCGAUUUCCUUGAGACUCGCUUCCUGAGUUAAACUAGCGUGAGAGAUAAGUGAACUGGGACCAUCCGUGGGCGAAAUGACAAGGAUCCCACCUAAAAACGAGCACGAAUCCUUGGCCAGACUGAAAGCACGCUGAGAGCGCAACACUGGCGUUGUUUCGAAAGAUUACCUUGAUAUACACUUCGUUCAGGGAUUUGAACUGUUCUGCCCCAGCUGUGUCCAAGACCUCGAGCUGAUGGACCAAGGAGGAUUGGGUGUCCUUGCAGUACCCAAGCAAUUGAGAAACGCACGGAGGAUGACACUCCAUCAACCGUUAUUGAGCGGUGGUAUUGCUCUAGAGGGGACCGGAUGUCAGGCUACGAUAAGGCCUAUGACCGAGUACGAGAACCUUCAAUGGUUGGAUCAUAAUUCUCCACGAAAACGUCUCGGACAAAGCGAACUGAGGGCGCGGCAUUGACCACUGCGAGCCUCGACCAGUUUCACCGACGCACCAGUGAGAGCCGACUUUCCAACACCUCCGGCUGAAACACCCUUGUGUCAAUUGGGAAACGGUUGCCAAGUAGCGUGUGUAUCACCGCCCAGCACCACAACGUUGAAUUGUCUCUACGACCUCGUGAAUUUCGAACAACAGCCAGUGUUCCUGCGCACGCACCAUGUGCACUGUUGCAGCAGCGAGCGGAUCGUGAGUAUGGGUCGUGAGAGAGUGCACCGCAGGCAGCACCGCCAUCACCUUCCAAUCUUGUGCCUGUCCCACCAUCACGAUGCCUCGCUCGCGCGUCUUUCUUGACUUUUCUGUGGCAGAUAAGCCACUGGGCAGAGUCAUAUUCGAACUGUUUGACGAUGAGGUCCCCAAAACGUGCGACAACUUCCGGGCCCUAUGCACCGGCGAGAAGGGUCUCUCUCGGACAAAUGUACCGCUAUUCUACAAGAACAGCAUCUCCCAUAGGAUCAUCAAGGACUUCAUGAUUCAAGCUGGAGACUUCACACUAGGAAAUGGCAAGGGUGGGGAAUCAAUAUACGGUGGUCCGUUUGACGAUGAGGACCUCAGCCGCCCCGUUGACGCGCCAUUACUCUUGUGCAUGGCGAACAAGGGUCCCAACACGAACAGCAGCCAGUUCUUCGUCACUUUACGCGAAUGUCCACACCUGAAUGGCAAACACGUUGUCUUCGGACACGUAUUGCGGGGCGAGGACGUCAUAUACAAGCUGGGCGAAGUGCAAGUGGACGAGAAAUCGCGCCCGGUCGAAACCGUGCUGAUAUCCAACUCAGGUGAACUCGAAUUACGAAAACCCGUGAAACCUCCAAAGAGACUAUCUCCUUCUGCCGAUGAAGAGACGUCUCGUCGCAAGAAGUCGAAAAAGAAACGAUCGAGCAGCAACGACUCUGAUCGGGAGUACUCCAAAAAAAGCCGUCGUCGCAUCUCAAGUGAAGACCUCGAAUCCUCUUCAAAGCCAGACGAACCGCGUGAAGAGACUGAAGAGGAAUACGACGCGAGGCUGGAGCGAGAAGAGUUGGAGAGGAUCGCGGAGAGUAGAAAAAAGGAACUGCAACGCGUCAAGGCCCGAAAUGAGGCUGAUUCCAAGUCUGACAACGGUGGCGUACGAUUCAAAGGACGAGGCCGGAUGGUGUACGUCGACCCUGAAAUCAAUGAAAACCGCCGUUGACUCUAGUCGGUUUGAGCCUUAGUUCAUUCAGUACUUACACAUUCAACUGGUAGUCAGCAUUGCAGGAUCGAAUGC